UUUUGCUGAAAUACUUUUUUUGCAUGGUUAUUCAAGCUGCUAUUUAAUUGCAAACAUCAUUAGACAUCAGUCUGGGUGGUUCAUGACCUUCUGCAUGCGCAGAAAGAGUAUAUUGACGGGGCACAGCAGUACACUGUUUACAGACGUAAAAAUGAAUGUUGGUGUCUGUGUAUCAUUUCUAAGUUGUUGGGCAAUGGGAGCCGACAAUAUUAUGAUGGCAUCAUAACAAGACGAUGAAAGGUCAGAGAGCGCAGUGACACUCAGCACCAGAGGCGAGGUAUCCUGUGCGUGCAUGUGUGUGGGUGUGUUUGCAUGUGUGUGUCAGAGCCGCCAAUCACAUUGGGCGGCUGACUUCCAGGAACCCCUGCAGCAAAAACAGGCACUGUUUCCUCAACGCCUAUCCUUGUGCCUCCAGCUGUCAAGAUGUUUCGCUGCGAUUGUCAUGAGACUUGCUCUCUGGGAGCGGAGCAGAGGACACAAAUAGGACACACACACGCAGACUGCUGGCCUCUCUCCUCCUCCUCCUCCUCCUCCUCUUCCUCCUCCUCCUCAGCAGCUCCUCAGUCCCACCCCUUGCCACCUGGCUCUGCUGCGCACCGCCGACUGGAGGCAGAGCGUCGCUACUCCUCUUCCCCACGCUGAGGGAGACGCAGAAUACAACAAACCUGAGCGCUGAGCCCGAGGGUUUCUUUCUCAUCCUUAAAACAACUACUUUUGGUUGGAAUUCCGCAAUAGACGCAUAUAGGAAUUUGACAGAAAGGAGGACAGAAAACCAAACACAGAAAGAAAGACGUUUAUCUUCUGCAUCCUCCCUUCGCAUCUCCUCCUCACCUCUCGAGAAGACUCCCACCCUGAAGAUCUCAGUGGUUGUUCCCACCGUCUAUAAGUGAGAAGCGCCUGAUAUUUUCUGUCUUUCGUGGGAGUUUCAACCCCAUUUCUGAGCUGCUGGAAGGAAACCGAAGAAGAUCUCGAGCGCUGGCUGGACGUUGUAGUUUUCGUCUUCCCGACACAGGCGGCGGAUCACCGCGUGAAAAGGACUGGAAAUUAUUAAUCCCGCACACACCUCCGUACCGCAUGGUGGGAAUUUCUGCCUCCUUUCAGUAUCGCACUGGGAAGCGCUCCACCAUGCCCGACUCACCUGCGGAUGUCAAGGCACAGUCCAGGUUGACGCCCCCUACCAUGCCACCUCCACCCAGCACACAAGGGGCUCCCCGAAACAGCUCCUACACGCCAACCACAUUGACAAAUGGCAGUAGCCACUCCCCAACAGCCCUCAACGGCGCACCGUCUCCUCCAAACGGCUACAGCAACGGCCCCAGCUCAUCAUCCUCGUCUUCACUGGCCAACCAGCAGCUGCCGCCGGCCUGUGGCGCGCGUCAGCUCAGCAAGCUCAAGCGUUUCCUCACAACUCUACAGCAGUUUGGGAACGAUAUCUCACCCGAAAUUGGCGAACGAGUCCGCACACUAGUGCUGGGACUAGUGAAUUCCACUUUAACCAUCGAGGAAUUCCACUCCAAGCUCCAAGAAGCCACCAACUUCCCCCUGCGACCUUUUGUCGUCCCCUUUUUGAAGGCCAACCUGCCAUUGCUUCAGAGGGAGCUGCUGCACUGUGCCAGGCUUGCUAAGCAGAACCCAGCUCAGUAUCUGGCCCAGCAUGAGCAGCUACUGCUGGAUACCAGCACCACAUCCCCGGUGGACUCCUCCGAGCUGUUGCUUGACGUCAACGAGAACGGCAAGAGAAGGACGCCAGACAGAACCAAAGAGAACGGCUUUGAGCGAGACGGUGCCAUCCAUCCAGAUGUCCACCCAAGCAAACGGCCUUGCACCAUGAGCCCCGCCCAGCGUUUCAGUCCAUCUAAUGGGCUCUCCUACCAACCCAAUGGGCUGCCCCAUCCAGGUCCCCUCCCUGCACAGCACUAUAGGCUAGAUGACAUGGCCAUCGCCCAUCAUUACCGUGACACAUACAGACACCCAGCCUCCAAUCACAGGGAAGUCCGAGAGCGAGCCAGGCCAAUUGGUAUGCAUGCAGGGAGCAGGCAGGAGGAGGUGAUCGACCACAGACUGACAGAUAGGGAAUGGGCUGAGGAGUGGAAGCACCUUGACCAUGUAAGAAAACUGCUGAACUGCAUCAUGGACAUGGUGGAGAAAACGAGGCGCUCGCUGACUGUGCUGCGGAGGUGCCAGGAGGCCGACCGCGAGGAGCUCAACUACUGGAUUAGGCGUUACAGCGACGCUGAGGAGCUGAAGAAGGGGGCUUCUAGUGGGCAGUCGAGGCAGCAGAGCCCUGCGGCACAGGAAAAUGCAACCUCAGAAAUUCACAGGGAGCUGCUGCACCGGCCUGUGUCCGGUUACGUACCCGAAGAGAUCUGGAAAAAAGCAGAAGAGGCGGUGAAUGAGGUCAAGCGACAGGCCAUGUCUGAGCUGCAGAAAGCUGUGUCAGAGGCAGAGCGAAAGGCCCAUGAGAUGAUCAGCAGCGAGCGGGCAAAGAUGGAGCGCACUGUAGCUGAGGCCAAACGUCAGGCAGCUGAGGAUGCACUCUCCAUUAUCAACCAGCAGGAGGACUCCAGCGAGAGCUGCUGGAACUGUGGCCGUAAGGCUAGCGAGACGUGCAGCGGCUGUAACACUGCGCGUUACUGCGGCUCCUUCUGCCAGCACAAGGACUGGGAGAAGCACCACCAUGUCUGUGGUCAGACCCUCCAGGCCCAGCAGCAGCAGCAGCAGUCAAGCCAGCAGCAAGGAGGAGUUCCGGGAUCAGAGACUCCUGCUCCCAUCAGCUCCUCAGCCUGCACUCCAAGCAGUGGCACUGGGAGCCCAGCGGCAACCCCACCUGCCGCUACUCCACGCUCGUCCACCCCCAGCACCCCGUCCUCAUCUGCCCUCGAAGUCACACCUCGCUAGAAAAGCUUCCUAUGUGCGACAAGCAACACUAAAACCCACAAACAGCAUGACUGUCCCCAGCUUGACAUUGCCUUGCAAAGAUUCCAAGAAAACAAGACUAACGGAUAGGGACAGCAAUGCUUUUGUCUGUCUUGCAACGUGGUCGAAGGAGGAAGACGAGGUCCAUAAUCAGGUCAUAUUGACUUGCCAUGACUUUAAAGAAACGCAAAGAUAUUCUUUGUUUUGAAUGAAUGAACUGAAAAUUGACAUCAGUUUAUUGUUACACUUCUCUACUCUUGUGUAUUUGUUGUUCCUGUCGUCGUCAAUGUUGUCAUUGUAGCUUAUCUUACUUUCCUUUGUAAAUAUAAAAAGACUGAUCAGAGGAACGCAAGACCUCCACUUUACAAAUGUUUUAUUUUUCACCUUUCAUCUAAGGUUUAUUUCCUCUCCGUUCCAGACCUUACAAAUAAGUUAACUUUACGUACAAAGCAGAAUGACUGAAGUGGUCAAUGCUCACUGCAAAUAAAGAGAUUAGUUUUCAAUACAGGCUGAUGAAUAAAUAAGGAAUGGACUGAACCUCUGGCUCGCAGACCCAGCCGCCAACAAACGGGCAGAUGUGUGGCAGAUUGCAAGCAGAACCAGCUGUUCAGCCGGCAUUAUUUCCCUCUCACUUGUCAUAAUAUCCAGGUCAGUGGGCUGUGAAAUCCGAAUCCGAGUACCCCCAAAGGACGUAAAAGGAAGACUUCUUGGACAGAAUGCAAAAACUUUGCCUACAGCAUGCACACACACAUGGAGGAUGUACUGCGAAACAUCUCGCGUGCAUGCUUGCUGGGUUACAUAGCGCUUUAACAACCAGAAAAUUAGGUUAUCAUCUUGCCGGUGAGACUGUCAGACAUCUUCAAUGGCAGCUGCUGGGCAGCUCAGACCUGGAAGCCAACAGUGUGCAGACAUUCUCCUCCUCUCUAAACUUUUCUUCAUGCUUUUUAUUCAUUUUCUGUAGAUGUCAUGCUGUUAAGCUUUCUGUCCUGUGGUGUCACCAAUGGUUAUUUAUUGAAUAUGUGUUGGACACUUGUGACAAUGCAUAGUAGCUGGAAAUAAGUCACAGUUCAAUCUCUUCAUAAUUCCAUCUCUAACUGGAGCAAAAAGAGAUUAAAAAAAAGAAGCGUUACCUUUUUUAAGCUGCUUUUCUAUUCUGUGUGUAGGUGGUAGAUUCUCCGUAGCUUCAUGAGUUUUAUCCCCUCACCCCAAGAAAAGACACUGCUGCUUAAUUUCGACCCAGAUCUCCUCUGAAAACUAGCAUGUUGCGUGGAAUGCUAAGAUAAAUGUUUUGUACAAGGGACAUACAAUGCUGGGGAAAGGUAUUUGCCCCACAAGAAUUUCUACAGUUUUGUUUUUUGUCACAUCUAAAUGUUUCAGAUCAUGAUGGGUUGCUUUUUGAGAUCUUUUUGCCUACUUCAUGUUGUCAGACAGGUACUUUUUGUGAUUCCUGGUCUGGCAGUAAUCAGGCCUAGGAAUGGCUAUAGAGAUAGAAUUCAGAUUUCCCAAAAACUGCAUUUUGUAUUUACUCAGGAUAUCUUUGUCUGGUAUUAGUAUUUGGUGUUCUGAAAUAUUUUAAAGAAACAAAAAAGCAAAAACUGGAGAAAUCUGUAAGGGGACAAACACUUUUUCUCAGCACUGUACAUAUAUGUAUUUGCACUGUCAUGAAAGUUCUUUUGGCAUGCUUCUUUUCAACCUUCUUGGAGCCAUAAUCCAUCAGCAAUGUUGUAUACUGUAUUAGCAUCAUCAUUGCUUUUUAUAUUAUUUUGAACUGAUGCAGUUUUAAAACAUAAACACAUCAAAAUCAUUUUCCUACUUAGCAUUCUAAGAAUAGCACCCAAAAUGUUUUUAUUUAAAUAGCUACACGCUGUGCAUGUACAUUACUGAAAAUUUGUUAAAUAUUUGUUUUUUAGAAAAAAACUGCAAAACAACCAAAAAAAAAAACAAAAUACAAAAAAAGUACUCUAACAAAGUGAUUUUCCAAAUGCAGAGGUGUAGACUUCGAUUGACAGCUUUAACACUGCAAAGCACCAGGUCUCUCUCACACAUACACAUGCACACACACACACAGUUUUACUACACUAGUGUAACAUGAAACACCAAAAACAGCCAAAGACUGACACCAAGGACCAAAAUCCUGAUGUAAACAUGUUUUAACAAGAGGUUUGUCCACUUAAAUGUUUGAUUUUUUUUCACAGGUUUGGUUCAUGCUGUCAAGACCAAAACUUAUUUCAAUGUCAAAAACUUCAUUUAUUUGAAUCCUUUGUGGAUCUCAACUAUAUCCAUUAUGAGAGAAAAAAAUUUGGAAAUACAACAAAAAACUGCAGUAUUACAUUUUACCUGGAGCAAUAAUACAGAAAGGGGCAUGGUAAACAUUUUAUUUUUCAUGUUUUUUUAUUUGUUUUUUCAUUUCCCAUCUCACAAAUGUCAGAUUUAGUUAGAGAUGCACUGAUCAGAAUUCUCUUGGCUAAUUUCUCUAGUCUUUGUCAAAUUUUGACGUACCAAUACUGAUUUUAGCCAAUUCCAAUCUCUCUUCAAGAAUACAAUAUAAGCAGCUUUUAAAAUAGUUUUUCUAGCUUUCCUACCAAUGACUAUAAAGUGAUUACGCAGCUCACAUUUUAAGCUGGAUUCAGCAACUUAUAUUAGUGAAUAGCAUGGUUAGCUCCAAACCUAAACUAACAUUUCUAAAUGGCUUUCCAAAUCCAGCAUGUCAAAGGAUAGCCAAAGGUUCAAAGUUGAAAAGGGGAGAAAAUUUUCUGUAUUCUGUCGAGCCUUCUUGUUAUCUGCUGAAUGCCUUGCUCCCUCUCAUUCUCUUGAAGCCUGGACGAACUGCAGAUACGUCAUGACUAGUUGAAGAAUAUGCAGUUUCCUUUUAAAUACUGUAGCUGUGCUUCCGAUAACUUCAUUGUUUCAUUGUUAACCUUACUGAUACUUAAAAUAGCUAUUUUUGAGUCUUCUUUCCUCAGUUACGACAUCUACACCGAAGAGGGUUUUUUAUUGGCAAAACCUGGUAGUGUUCAGAUUCGUUGCAUUCAGUGAGUGGGAAAGAGAUCAGCUCUUAGAAAUUCAGCAGACGGGACCAAUCUAGUUGAUUUUCAGGCUAUUUCUCGGUGCAUCUCUAGAUUUACUGUCCAUGUCAGCUUUAAUGUUUUUAAUUUCCCCAAUGUGAAUUUCAAGCUUGACGUUUUGACCAAUAUCAUUUGCAGUUUUCCCCAUAUAAAUGAAACAAACCUCUCAUUUGCAUUUAGAGAGCACUUACCCUGACAUAUUCAAAGGCUCCUCACCCCAAACACCUUGGUGCUAUACAGAAGCGUGUUACAUAAAUAAAUUCUGACCUCAAGAAACAAGAGGAGGCCCACAAAUGUUUGGGGCACUUUGCUCCCUGUAGACUUCCUUGUUUCUUUCCUCAUGCCGAAUUAAAAACUCACACCUGCACUCUUGGAUUUGAAGGGUCACACAGUCCAAAAAGGUGUCCGACACCUCCCGGCUUUUCAGAAGCUGACGAGACAGCCAAGCUGUUGGAACACAACUGUAUGUAAAAUAAUACAACAAAUAACAAAUGUGUUCAUUUUUCUAUCAGGGCAAAAUCUGAGUUAAAUAAGAAAGAAAAAAUUAAGAUAAACUAUCAGUCAACAAUUCUUAGAGAAGCUCUGUUUUACCUGUAUUCCCUUCUCUAGCUGUGCUUUGCUACACAUUUCUAGGUGGCAAAAAAGUUUGUCUCACUCUACCUCUUAGAGCACGAUAAGAGCAUCAGUUGUGGCGCUGAUACUGGUCUAGUCUAAACCAAAUGGGCACAAGAGAACAGGAAAAAUAAAACCCAAAGUCGAAGCUCAUACAGCUGCAAAACCAUAUCACUACUUGGUAACAAUGCAGACCUCAUAAAUAAAUGAAACAUUAAUGAAUAGAAAUAUGAAAAAAAACAGAAAAAAGCUUUUGUUAUGUUCCUGUAAGCCUAUGAGUACACCAAGAGUUUCAAAUGUUUGAAUAAAUCUAAAAAUGUGUGCAAAUUUUAAAGAAAAAUGUUUCUUAUGUUUAUGAUACAAAUUAAGAUCACAGAUGAGAAAUUUCUCUCUUGUUUGUUUUUCUUCCCUCUUUUUUCCUUUUUGUCUGUUGUGAAGACAUGCAGAUGUGCUUGUCUACCUGUCAGCUGGGAUAUAUAUACAAAUAAGCAAAUCUUGUAAAAAAUAAAAUAAAUCAAAACAAAAAAUAAAGGCCAUUGAUUUAGACUUGCAUAACAUUUAAAUUUCCUAGAUAUUAGGAAACACAGAAAAAUUGCAGUGGCUAACAGCAAACUGCGUAGCAUUAACCAGAGGCAAUGAGUUGGACUUCAAGGGGGGUAGGGUUUUUCUGGUCUGUUGGCAAACCGUAAAAAGAAAAAAAAAGUUCAAAUAAUUUGAAGUUGUUGUGCAAUACUUUAUUAAGAUAUAAAAACCACAGGUUAGUGGUAGGCUGACACAGAGUGGUCUUUACAUCACUUAGUCAGCUUCUUCUAGAGAGCUUUCCAGUCUACUAUGUCAGAACUGUGGUUUCUUGUUGAUUUAUUUCUUUUGGUUUCUUAAUUUUGUUUCUUUUUUGGGCUGUGAACUAUGGUCUGUCAGUCUGUGAAACUUUGCAGUAUAAUUCUGGUAUUGUUGUUCUCUUUACAGUGUAAUAAAUAUGUUAAUUCUUGCCCAUAGA